GGCCAGUUAAUGCAUCUAUAAAAAACUGACUUGAAAUCCAAUUUUAAAUGGAUGUUACCUACGGUUUUUCCUUUGAAAAAUGGUUUGACAGCCAAUAUACAAUUUCCUUAAUACUUAUAACACGUUGACUUGAUUAACUGGAAUUAAUUCAGUUAAAUGUUAUAAAUUACGGCCUCCAUUUUCUGGCUCAAAAACACUAAAAACAUUUUCAAUUUUUGAUGCUAUUACGUUUUAAACUUAUAACAGUAUGAGCUCUGGGUUCGCCUUAAAAAGCGACAAAUUUUUCAAUUUAUCCCCCCAGCAAGCCAAUUUUACCCAUUAUUAAAUUAGACCCGAAAACAAAGUCGCCCAAAUUGUUUUGAUGAAAAGCUAAGUCGAACUAUGAUCCGCCUUUGCUAUUGACUUUGAUUAGAAAAACCUCCCUUAUUCUUAGCAUUACAGAUCACAAUCCAUUCAAACACGCUUGCUAUUAUGUUUUCUUUUUAUUUGGUUUAAUGGUCAAAUUUGUCUCAAUUGAAAAAACGCGGUUUUGUUGUUAUUGUUGUUUUUUUUUGCUCAAAGUGAAUUAAUUUGAAAACCGAAUGGAACUUCAAAGAUAAUUACAUCCUUAAAAACCAACCAUAAGCAUCUUUGUCACACGUUUCAUGAUUAUAAUCUGCAGAUUAAAAGCAUAAUAAAAAAUACACCGGUUUUCCAAAUACCGAUUCAAAGUCUUCAGAAAGCUUCUUUCACCGGAUUGCAAAAAACAGAGAGAAAAUCCUAAUCAUUUCAAUUUUUUUGAACAAAAAUCGAGUUUGAAGCUUUUGUUAUCAAUUCUGCGAAGAAUUUCGUUUCAAUUAAUUUACUCCACAUCUUGCAGACAAUUUCAUGAGCCAAAUUGUCAUGACUCAAAUUUAAAUCGAAUAGACUGUGGGUAAAGUUUUAAAUAAAACUCACCUUUGGUCGACACUUAUUUUUCAGCUUUGAACAGAAAAAAUUAUCCCCUUGUAAGCAAUUAUAAUUAAAUUGUUUCGGUCAAAAUUUUCAUCAUCUGGUCAAUGACCGGAAGUUAAUAAAGUUAUAAAAUUAUGUGUAUUUCUUUGGUUUACUUUCUCUGUUUUAUUUUCGAAUUUAUUAGUGUGGCCGUGUUGGUGUUCGCUUUGACCAGGGAAGUCUGGUUUACUUUUGGGGGUAACUUUGCCAUAUAUGGGACCAUCCAGGGCUAUGGUAGUCUGUGGAAGAAAUGUUUCAGACUCAUCGACCAAGAUCUGCAGAUGACAUGCGAGAACACAAAGCCAUCGUCCACACCAGUGUUCAUCUACACCACCCGCACUCUGCUCAUCUCCGCCUGUAUAGUUGGGGGUCUGUGUGGGGUGUUGCUUCUCAAGUCCUGGAUCCACUGUCAAUCUACCUCCUCGGUUGAUCACGCCAGUCUGCGGGAGGAAGACGGCAGAUACUACAAGUGCUACUCUGCUCUACUUGCUCUCUCCAGUUUACUACAAGGUGCUCUCCAAAUAGGCGCAUUACUUCUGUUUGCCGAACAACUGAGCCCAGAGUACGAAGGCCUAUCAGUGCACCUCUCCAACGGGUUCUUCUUCGCCUCUGCUGCCCCUGUUCCUCACCUUCUAAUCUGCAUUCUCGCUCUUUUUUUAGGGGUCAACUGCACUUGCAAAUGCUGCCGAUGUUUUAAGUGUUGCAGAAGCUCAGCAGAGCCAUCCCAAGUGUGAAAAAUAACAGUAA